GAGAGAGAGAGAGAGAGAAAGAGGGUUGAAAACAUGCUCGAAAGCAGAACACCUCUGAGGAGCAGAGGAUUCUAUGUGAAGAUGAAGCUUUUGCACAACACGAGGAACAGCAAAAAUCACCCGGAAAAUAAAACUUUUUGCAGCAGAUAUUUCAAAUGGGUCCUCUGGUUUUUAACCUCUCUUUAUUUCUUCUCGUCUUUCAUCAUCACCCAUGGCAAUCAAAAUAAUAAUAAUGGUAAUAAGCCCAGUAUUGCCUUUUUCCCAAGAACCGCCUUUUCCCAUUCAAAAGCAUCCCGUGCCCUCAUUGAAGAAUCCUCUUAUGUCUCUCCCAAUAAUCCCAAAGAGUAUUUCAAAGGGAUGAAAGUGUACGUGUACGAUUUGCCAUCGAAAUACAACGAGGAUUGGCUGACGAACGAGCGUUGUAGCACGCAUUUGUUCGCUUCGGAAGUUGCUUUCCAUAGGGCGCUGUUGACGAGUGAUGUGAGGACGUUUGACCCUUGGGAGGCUGACUUUUUCUUCGUCCCCGUCUACGUGUCAUGCAAUUUCAGCAAGGUCAACGGCUUUCCGGCCAUCGGCCAUGCUCGCUCUCUUAUGGCGUCAGCCGUCCGCCACGUCUCGUCCCAGCUGCCGUUCUGGAACCGCAGCCUCGGCUCUGACCAUGUUUUCGUCGCGUCUCAUGAUUUCGGUUCUUGCUUUCACACCAUGGAGGAUGUGGCGGUGGCUGAUGGGGUGCCGGAAUUUUUGAGAAAUUCGAUAAUUUUGCAAACGUUUGGCGUGAAUUACAAGCACCCGUGUCAGGAGGUGGAGAAUGUCGUGAUACCCCCGUACGUCUCGCCGGAAAGCGUACGCGCUACCUUGGAGAAGUCGCCGCUCACCGGCCGCCGGGACAUUUUCGCGUUUUUCCGGGGUAAAAUGGAGGUUCACCCCAAGAAUGUCAGCGGUCGUUUCUACAGCAACGACCGGAGAUUCUACCUGCGGCGGCACAGGUUCGUCGGGUACCAGUCGGAAAUGGUAAGGUCAAAGUUCUGCUUGUGCCCUUUGGGGUGGGCCCCAUGGAGCCCAAGGGUUGUGGAGUCUGUGGCCCUGGGCUGCGUCCCCGUCAUCAUCGCCGACGGCAUCCGGCUGCCCUUCCCGACCACCGUGCCCUGGCCGGAUAUUUCGCUGACGGUGGCGGAGUCCGACGUGGACCGGCUCGGCGAGGUUCUCGCCCACGUGGCCGCCACGAACCUGACUGACAUACAGAGGAACCUUUGGGAGGCGCGCGUGAGGCGGGCCCUGCUCUUCCACGAAGCCGUGCUGGAGGGCGACGCCACGUGGCAGACCCUCGCCGCCCUCGCGGAGAAGCUGGGGCGGUCCCACCGGCGGUCGAGGGUUUGGGACGAGGACGUCCACGUGGCGACGUCGAUUGAUGAGUAA